AUGGCCUCGAGCGAAGCCGGUUACCCCAUGUCCGACAGGGCGACAACCCCCACCGCCAGACGCUAUGCCCCGCCCAGUUCUUCGACCGGCGGCCGCCUGCGAGGUCCUCCCUCCGAGAUGACGGGCGCGCCGAGUGAUGAUGAGGGCGACGGGUUCGCCGAUGACCAGGUCGUGCGCGGAUCGAAGAGGCCACAGGAUUCGGCCAACAUCCCCAAGGUCGAGGAUCGCAUUGGUCUCUUGAUCCAAGAACAGUUUGGAGAUUUCCUCGAAGGCUUCGUCGAAGAGCGCGAUCCCCAUGGAGCGCCGCCCUCGAGUGCCGUCACCACCGACAAAUACUACGUUGCCCAGAUCCACGGCAUGCGAACAUACCAGCUCUCCACCCUCUACGUCGACUUUAGGCAUCUCGGCCAGUGGCAAAAUGGCUCUCUCUCCGACGCCGUCGCCACCAACUACUACCGUUUCCUUCCCUUCAUCACCGCAGCACUACACGGUGCUAUCGCCAAGCACGAACCCCAGUACUUCCGCGAACAUCGUCAGCCCACGGCCUCGAGCAACCAGACGAGCUCAGCUGCGAGCAAUGCCGCCUCGGCAAGUCAGUCCGAGCUAGGCAGCAAGACGAGCAACCAGCAGACCGAUAAGCUGUUCGCCAUCGCCUUCUACAACCUGCCUCUCGUCUCGCGCGUGCGCAGUCUGCGCGCCGCCAACAUUGGCCAGCUCCUCUCCAUCUCCGGCACCGUCACGCGCACCUCCGAGGUCAGGCCCGAGUUGUCUCUCGGCACCUUCCUCUGCCAGGCCUGCAGGACGGUCAUUCCCAACGUCGAGCAGACAUUCCGAUACACCGAGCCCACGCUGUGUCCCAACCAGACCUGUCAGAACCGCUUCGCAUGGCAGCUCGACAUCCGCCAGAGCACCUUUAUCGAUUGGCAAAAAGUGCGCAUCCAGGAGAACUCGUCCGAAAUCCCUACCGGCAGCAUGCCCCGAACCAUGGACGUCAUCAUGCGAGGAGAAAUUGUCGACCGCGCCAAGGCAGGCGAGAAGUGCAUCUUCACCGGUGCCCUGAUCGUCGUCCCUGACGUCAGCCAGCUGAGCAUGCCUGGACAAAAGGCCUACUCAAUCCGCGACGACAAGAGCGCCGGCAACGGUAACGACGCUGGCGGCGCAGGCGUCUCCGGCCUCAAGUCUCUUGGUGUGCGCGAUCUCACAUACCGCCUUGCCUUCCUCGCCUGCAUGGUUCUGCCAGACAACAGUUCGUCCGGCCGGUCUGCCCACGCGCAGGUGUCGGACAUUAUGACGGCGCUGACCGACAACACACCCGAAUCCGCCAUUGAUGCAGAGGAGGCGCAGGCUACCGUGCUCGCGACAAUGACGCAAGAGGAGAUCGCGCAGGUGCGUACCAUGGUUCACACAGAUCGCAUCUACUCGCGGCUCGUCAACUCCAUCGCGCCCAUGGUCUACGGCCACGAAGUCGUCAAGAAGGGUAUUCUGCUGCAGCUCUUGUCCGGUCUGCACAAGACGACGGCCGAGGGCAUGCAACUUCGUGGUGACAUCAACGUCUGCAUUGUCGGUGACCCGUCCACGUCAAAGUCUCAGUUCCUGAAGUAUGUCUGCUCCUUUGCGCCCCGCGCCGUCUACACCAGUGGCAAGGCCUCCUCCGCCGCCGGUCUCACGGCCGCCGUGAUGAAGGACGAGGAGACGGGCGAGUUCACCAUCGAAGCCGGUGCCCUCAUGCUUGCCGACAAUGGCAUCUGCGCCAUUGACGAGUUUGACAAGAUGGACAUUGCCGAUCAGGUCGCCAUCCACGAAGCCAUGGAACAGCAGACUAUUUCCAUCGCGAAAGCCGGCAUCCAGGCGACCCUCAACGCGCGCACCUCGAUCCUCGCCGCCGCCAACCCCGUCAGCGGCCGCUACAACCGCAAGACGUCGCUGCGCGCCAACAUCAACAUGAGCGCGCCCAUCAUGUCCCGUUUCGAUCUCUUCUUCGUCGUGCUCGACGAGUGCUCCGAGGCCGUCGACCGCCACCUCGCCGAGCACAUUGUCGCCAUCCACCAGCUGCGCGACGAGGCCGUCGAGCCCGAGUACGACACGGAGACGCUGCAGCGCUACAUCCGGCUCGCGCGCACGUUCCGCCCCGAGUUCACCGAAGAGGCGCGCGAGACGCUCGUCGAAAAGUACAAGGAGCUCCGUGCCGACGACGCCCAGGGCGGCGUCGGCAAGAACAGCUACCGCAUCACGGUCCGCCAGCUGGAGAGCAUGAUCCGCCUGUCUGAGGCCAUUGCCAAGGCGAAUUGCGUCAACGAGAUUGAGCCGCACAUGGUCGUCGAGGCGUACAACCUGCUGCGGCAGAGCAUCAUCUCGGUCGAGCACGACGACGUCGAGUUUCAGGACGACGAGGACGUCGACGCGCCGCUCGAGGACGGCGCCACGCUGCGCCGCGCCGCGCGCGAGGCCACGGGCCAGCCGGCGGAUGACGAGGACGACGAGGGCGACGCCGCCAUGGGCGAGACGUCUGGCGAGCCGCAGAAGAAGAAGCAGACGAUCACGUACGAAAAGUACAUUAGCAUGGUCAACCUCUUUGUGCAGCGCGUCAACGACGACGAGGCCGGCGGCGCGGGCGAGGGCGUCGACGGCGAUGCCCUCACGCAGUGGUACCUCGAGCAGGCGGAGGACCAGAUGGAGGGCGAGGAGGACUACCACCGGGAGAAGGCGCUGGCGGCGCUCGUGCUGAAGAAGAUGGUCAAGGAGAACAUCCUCAUGGCCGUCCGGGGGUCCGGGCUUGCUGAAGACGGCGAGGAUGCCGCCACCUCGGGUGACGGGGCGGUCGUCUACGUCCUGCACCCCAACUGCGCGGUGGAGGAGUACUAA